AUGGCUGUUGUUGAGCAAGACUCUCGUGAGGACAAACAUGCUAGUCUGGUUCACCUCCAUAACUCUUCCCCAUAUCGCCCAAAGAUGAACGGUGCAGUUGAAACAGCAAACAAGAACAUCAAGAGGAUCAUCCAGAAAAUGGUGGUGACGUACAAAAAUUGGCAUGAAAUGCUUCCAUUUGCUUCACAUGGAUAUCGUACCUCAGUUCAAUCCUCAACUGGGGCAACCCCAUUUUCCUUAGUUUAUGGAAUGGAAGCAGUCCUUCCAAUCGAGGUUGAAAUUCCAUCUCUAAGAGUAUUGACGGAAGCCAAAUUAGAAGAAGCAGAAUGA